GACGCUCCUGAGCCAAUGGCCACCGCGGCGGGGCGGGCGCUCGGGCGUCACUUCCCCCUUCCCGUCAGCAGCAGAGCCGGCGGCGCCGGGAGGAGGCGGGGUCGCGAGGCUGCAUCCGGGGCAGGGCUGUCGCUCUGCAUCCCGGGCCGCCGGCGCUCUGCUCUGCGGCUGCGGCCUUUCACCGCGCACCAGGUGCGUUCCGCCGUUCCGCCGUUCCGCCGUUCCGCCGUUCCGCCGUUCCGCCGUUCCGCCGUUCCGCCGUUCCGCCGUUCCGCCGUUCCGCCGCUGGGCUAGCGGGACGAGGACUCCGGGAUUGCCCGCAGCGGCCAGGCCGCUCCUUCCCAGGCCGCUCCGCCUGCCCACCUGGCGGAGCUCCGCCUGCCGCUAGGCUUCCCCGGUGCUGAACAAAAACACCGUCUUCUGGAAUGCUUUACUGGCAUCGAUCUGAAAGGUGGUUUUCCUGCACACAAGGUUGUUCAAACAUCCAAAUCUCUUUUGAUAGAGCUUGGUUGGCUGGAACUGCUCUUGUCUUGGAACUAUGAAGAAACAUUUUGCGUAAAACUUUUACAUGACUGAGGCCAUGGCAUCUUCAUCAAACUUAGAUGUUGAAGCCCAGUUAAUUGUGGAUGAGUGUGCUACAAGCUACAGCCUUCCAUCCAUGCCAGACAUUAAAGUGGAGCAUCAGCUUGACUGUGGCACAGAAGAAGGCCCAGCUCAGAGCAUCGCCAUGGGAAUGAAAUUCAUUUUGCCCAACAGAUUUGAUAUGAAUGUCUGCUCGCGAUUUGUGAAGUCUUUGAAUGAAGAGGACAGUAAAAAUAUUCAAGACCAAGUUAACUCUGACCUUGAAGUGGCAUCUGUUUUAUUUAAAGCUGAGUGCAACAUCCACACUUCUCCUUCCCCUGGUAUCCAAGUAAGACAUGUUUAUACUCCGUCAACCACGAAGCAUUUCUCACCAAUAAAACAAUCAACUACCCUAACUAAUAAACACAGGGGGAACGAAGUCUCUACGACACCUCUGCUUGUAAACUCUUUAUCAGUUCAUCAGCUGGCUGCUCAGGGAGAGAUGUUAUAUCUGGCCACACGGAUUGAACAAGAAAAUGUAAUAAAUCAUAAGGAUGAAGAAGGAUUUACCCCUCUGAUGUGGGCUGCAGCUCAUGGUCAAAUAGCAGUUGUGGAAUUUCUCCUUCAGAACGGUGCAGAUCCUCAGAUUUUAGGGAAAGGGCGAGAGAGUGCCCUCUCACUGGCGUGCAGUAAAGGAUACACAGAUAUUGUCAAAAUGCUGCUUGACUGUGGAGUUGAUGUCAAUGAGUAUGACUGGAAUGGAGGCACACCUCUGCUAUAUGCAGUACAUGGGAACCAUGUGAAAUGUGUAAAAAUUCUCCUUGAAAAUGGUGCUGACCCAACUAUCGAAACAGAUGCUGGCUAUAAUUCCAUGGAUCUGGCUGUAGCCUUGGGCUAUAGGAGUGUUCAACAGGUUAUUGAGUCUCACUUGUUAAGGCUACUGCAAAAUAUCAAAGAAUAAUUGGUUGGCUCUUCUGCUGUCACAAUGUCUUGGCUUGGAGACUUGAACUGCUUUUUAUCCCUGUAAUCAGUGACAAGAGUUGGUUGUUUUGUAACUUUACCACAGUUUAACUAUUUGCUGAUUUUAGUUAAACUUUUUAAUAAUCUUCCUCAUCCUUCAUUGUUCAUAGAACUAUGUGUUGUCAUCCUUUUCUUAAAUACAUUUUAUAUAAUUUUAGAAGAAAAAGACAUUUGUCGUGUAUGAAAACUCUUGUAAAUAAAGCCAGGUUUGACCAUCUAAAUGUUUACACUGAGAGCAGCGGGUGGCCAGGUGUCCUACAUUAUCACAUCAUUGACACAAAUUCACUGGAAGAAGUUUGGUUAUUGAGAUGCAUCACCAUAGAAGACAGAUGUCUUUACUGUUGGUAAUACAAAAAAUUGCAUGGUGCAUUAUUGUUUUAAAAAUCCUCAGUUAAUAUGACUGUGUCACCUUUUGGCUUUGUCCUGUUUUUAAGAAGCUGGUAAUAAAUGGAAAGACUUUGAUGGUCAAUUAAUUCCUACCUGAUUUCUUUCCACCUGCUUCUGCUUUCCUGUUGUAAUCCUGAAGCAACUGGGCCUGAGUGUCCAAGGUAAGAAAUUUCACUGCUAGAACAAAGCCUCAUUAGAAGUGCAGAGUUCCUGUCUCUUAAAUAUCCCCUCUGCAGUGCCUCAAAGCAGACAUCAACAUUGGAAGAGGAGCCAGAGCCUACUCCAUUCCAGCCUUCUUCAGCCAAAGGCUGGUCUGUUAUAGGUCAGAGAGAAUAUUUCAAGUUGGAAGAGACCAAUAAGGAUCAUCGAGUGCAACUCCCUGUUCCUCACAGGAUAGCCUAAACCUGAGCCAUAUGCCUAAAUCGCCUUGUCCAGACAGUCACUAAACUCCAACAGGCUUGGGGCCAUGACCACUUCCCUGAAGAGCCUGUCCCCAUGACUGACCUCCUCUCCAUGAAGAACCUUUUCCUAAUGCCCAACCUGAGCUCCCACUGAGACACAGCUCCAUUUCACCUCAUGUCUUGUUCCUGGUCACUGUGUAGAGAGGAGAUUAGCACCUCCCCCUCUGCUGCUCUCCUUGGGGAAGCUGUAGGUUGCAAUGAGGUCACCCUUCAGCCUUUUGUCCUCCAAGCUGAGCAAACAAAGCAACUUCAGUUGCUCCUCCUAAGUCAGUCUUGCCCUUGUGGCCUUUUACCAUCUUGGUCACCCUCCUCUGGCCACACAGCAGCAAUUUGAUGUUCUUACAUUGGGUGCCAAAAACUGCACACAGCACUCGAGGUGGGACCACACCAGUGCACUGUGGAGCAGGACAAUUGCCUCCUCCAAACAGCCAGUGAUGCUGUGGCCUGAUUGCACCCCAGGGCUUGCUCAGCGCUUUUGGCAGCCAGGGCACAGUGCUGACCCACAGUCACCUUGCCAUCAGCAUAAACUCCCAGAUCUCUUUCUAGGAGGCAGCUCUCCAACCUCUCAUCCCCUAGUUAAGCAGAACAUACCUGUGUGGCUAUUCAACUGAAACAGCAUUUACAAUUUUGAAAUGAGUUGAAAUACCAGGCAGUAUUAACCGAUUUUUCCUGUGACUCCUGCAAUUGAUCAAAAUUAGACUGAGUGAUGGGACAGCUGAUAGUUUUGCACAAACCAUGGGUAAGCUUUUGAAAGAGAGUUUUCGUCAUCUUUUCCUGUGACAGUAGGUAAGGAUCUUUCAUGCUCUGUGCCCACUGGAGGCCUGGCAUCUGUUCACACACAUACACACACUGCCCCAAUCCCUGCCUUUUUUCGCCAGCCCACAUGCAAGAACCACAACCUUCUUCACCUGGAGUUCACAAGACGGGUGGACCCAGGUAAAAUACUAUAUUCCUAGUAUAGAGUCACUACUAUGUUUAGUUCUUCUGUUUUAAAUUUUUCCAUACACAAAGGAAAUCAAUACUGGGAUGUAACAGCCUCUGUAAAUACAAAUGAAGUUCCACAAUUGUUGAAAAGCAAUGUAAAUAAAAUGCAAAAAUGUCUUUUCUUGAACUGUCAUAA